AUGAACAGGGAAAUUCCCGGCUUUUAUUAUGACCCGGAGAAGAAGAAAUACUUCAAGAUUGAAGCAAGCCACAAGGCCACACCAGGACUGCAGUACUCCAAAGAUGCCGUAAAGCGCCGAAGGAUAGACCAUGAGAAACGUCAAAGAAAAGCUCAUCGCUCUCAGCGAAUUGCGAAGGAGAAAAUCAAGAGAUCUGCUUUCCUGGCGAAUCCCCUCCUUGGUAUAAACCAGGAAAUCGGCGCUUUAAAUAUUUCUAAAUCUGUUCGACAAGAGCAACGGGGCUUGCUCUACGCGAGCCAAGUCCGCCGCAGCCGACUGCACCAGUUCGAGCCAUGGCCGAAUGAUUACACCAUCAAACAGGUGCUCCGCAACAAGCGAUCUGGAAUUCUUAUUGCUAGUGGCCACCGCGGCGGAGAGUCGUCUGUCUCCGUAUGCUUCCCCGACUGCGACCAAGAGAAAUGGACGUACAACCGGACGAUGGAGCGCGUCCUGUUCAAGGACCCCUACCGACUUUCCUCGAUCUCCCUAAGCCAUACGGGAUACCUGCUCGGCCCCGACGGAGAUUCCUUCCUCGCGCCACGCAUGCUCCCUGAUCCAGAUGAAGGUGGAGACUACCGAUGGCCCUCACUCUUCUCCCCCAUUCGUCUCCGCACAACAUCGUCUCUGUGGUGUUCCGCCGCAUGUCCCGAGGGCAACACGCCGCUCUUCGCCGUGGGAACCUCCGAUGGACUGUACACACUGGGCGGUUUCGGCAGCCAGUGGACUCUGUCCAAGAAGCAAUUCGCCAGCGAUGUCUUCACCGGAAAGCCGAUCCUCCACCGCCGCGUCGACUCGUCGCACGCGCUCGUGACCAGCGUCGAAUGGCUGUCAUCCGAUGUGAUCGCCGCCGGUCUGAAAGACUCGGCGAUCUUCCUGCACGACCUGCGCAGUGGUGGAACCGCGACGCGUCUGCAGCAUUCUCACGCCGUCUCCAAGAUCCGCAGGGUCGAUCCAUAUCGGAUGGUCGUCGCGGGGAUAAACUCCCUCAAAAUGUACGACAUUCGCUACCCGCCGAACGGACUACAGCGCAACCCGAACCCGAACAAUAAGUACCAUACUUCGACGAGACCUUACCUGGAGUUCCUCGACUACUCCCCUGAGAUCAUACCCGAUUUUGACCUCAGCCCGGAGCUCGGACUUCUUGCAAGCGGUUGGUGCCCUCGUCAGAUACCCAGCAAUGGACCUUGUCUAACCUACUGCGCAGCGUCCGAUGAGCGCACGAUCCAACUGUUCUCCCUCCGCACUGGCGAACAGAUCACUUCGCCCUUGUCGCAAUAUCAAUACAAACAUCCGAUUUCCUCGAUAUGCUUCGAACCCGGAGACGGGUCAUCGCACGGUCCCCAGACGCCCAGCAUACUGGUCUGUGCGAAGGCAACAGUGGAUGAAUGGAUAUGGUGA